ACGCACUACUCCAAGAACGUGGACAGCGACACGCUGGCCGACGACUUCCACGUGUACACCCUGUACUGGAGCGAGGCCGGCUUCCGCUUCCUACUCGACGGCGAGCUCAUCGGCGAGCGGCCCGCGCCCGAGGAGGGCUUCUGGAAGCUGGGCGGCUUCGAGGGCCAGGACAUCUGGAGCGGCAAGAAGAUGGCGCCCUUUGACCAGAAGUUCUUCAUCAUCCUGAACCUGGCCGUCGGAGGCUCCUUCUUCAGCGACGACCUCCACAACGAGCCCCACCCCCGGCCGUACAACCUGAGCUCCGGGCACGCCAUGAGGCAGUUCUGGGAGAACAAGGACUGGUGGAAGGACACCUGGCAGGGCGAGAGCGCCGCGCUGCAGGUGGACUACGUGCGUGUGUACCAGUAGUGAGGGCUGCCUCCGGCGGCCCCCAACGCCGCGCCCAUUGAUUCACUGUGAUACGACACUGUAAUAAAAGGAAAUUAAUAAAAUCCACUCUACAACCCAUUA